CACUUGUUAUUUCUGUUUCCUUUUACCCACUACCACUUCCGCCGCCUUACGCUCGAUCCUUCACACCCCGCUUGCCAUCUCCUGCCCAUCGGCAAUCCUCCCAUCACCAUCCUCGCCACAACAACGACCGCCCACCCCCACUCCCUUGACAUUCGCCAUGAUUCUUCCCGAAGAUAUCAAGGGUCCAUUGCCUUCAGAUGAAGAUGAUUUCGAAGGCGACUUUGCCUCCCUUCCCCCUUCCCCCACCACCUUCCCCUCUGCCCUUCCCCCUUCCUGGCAUCUCACCUACGACUACCCUCCAUCCCCCAAUUCGACAGCCACACAACCCCUUCUCUUACUCGGCGAUGAUGACAUAGAGCUUGGUCCAGCACCGCCCUAUACCGAAGUAGACCCACGGCCACGCUCCUCUUCCAGAAGGGAUCGCAAAGGCGCGCUACGAAAGAAGAUUGAGAAGAGAUUUGUCCUUGGAUUGGUCGGUGGAGUCGGGCUGUGGAUAGGCAUCAUGUGUAUGGGUGCCAUCAUAGGGUGGGGCCAUGGACCCAGGGUACCUCGCAGAGGCACUUUCCAUCCACCACGACCCGGGCACCCCGAGCCUUCACCCGGAGACAAUCCUGGAGGUGGCCGGCCAAUUCAAUGUGCUUCCUUGCCUUCCUCCGGUUGGUCACCAUACAUUGCGCCAUUGGGGUCAUCAGAUCCCUCUGACAGCGGGCUUGUUGGCGGUGACAUGGAAAAGCAAAGUCUGAACACGACAAUCUUCAUUCCUUUGGAUCAGGGAGAAAUCUUCGCUCAGAUGUUUAAAGGGCCAGCCGCUGUCGGGGCUGUCUUUCUCUCAACCUACGAGGCUUCAUCGAAUGAGGUAUGGGAGAGCAUGUCAGAAGAAAGAGCCAUCGUUGGAGAAGACAGAAGGGGCAAAAGGCCCGGGAAAGGAGAAUUUGUAAAAGUUGUCGUGGAGAGCAUCAUCGAUGUGAAAGCAGACAUCGCAGGCCCGCUCGACAGUGAGAACAGCCCGGGAUGGGAAAUGCUCUCAGUGUCCAACAUCUGCCUAUCCGAGCGAGGUAACGACACCGCGCAACGUCCCUUCCGACGAGACUCGGAGGGUGAACAAAACCCACAUCUUCCUCCAAAACUAUAUGAUAGAGGAAUCGGAGUUUCCAUCGCCACCACACAUCCUGUCAACCCGCUGCACGAGAAGUUGCAAGGGACCCCUCUACAGUUCCGGGUUUAUCUAUCCCUUCCCUCUUUCACCGAAUCCGCUCCUCUUGUGAACUCCUUUGUGGAGUCCAUAUCCAUGCGCCCCCCUCCCCCACCUGGUUUUAUCUCGUCGCUGGACGUGCAUGUGGGCAAUGCUCCCAUUUAUCUGGGGGACCUGCGUUCUGUCACGAUGGAACAGAUAUAUCUCGAAAGUGAUUUCGGAGAGAUUCACGUGGAGGAUUUGAGAUCAGAUACGGUCAAGAUCCGGACUACCGGCGAGAUCACAGGACAUAUCUCUGUCUCGAAUGAUUUGUCUGUGGAAACACCCAUUGGCCCUGUCCGCUUAAACAUAUCUUUGUCUACGCCUUCCCCUCACAGUCUAGUACACCCCGCGAUGUCCCCUGUAUCCCCUAGCAGCAAUGACAAAUCAGUCAAGGAAAGAGAGCUUACCGGCUAUCGAAAAGAUGAUCCUUGCUCUUUACCUCCGGUGCGCGUAGACCUACGAGCGGGGAGCGAGGACGCGGUGCUGCGUUACGUGGGCUGGGAAGUACCUUGCCGAGGCCUGGACAUGGAUGUGAGGUCCAUCGUCGGUGGUGUUGAUGGUAAGCUUUGGCAUCUAUGAUCUUGAUCUGGCGGCUUAUACUUUGUGACCUAGUUCAUUCACAUCCUCUUUUCCAAGGUCCCUUUCACCUUGUCACUGCCAAUGGUCCUGUCAACGUUGAUCUCGGCGAUCCGGACAUCCCUGAUCCGGAAGGCCUAGGACGUUGGCGAAACAUCACGUUGGAGGAAAGGGGUCGAGUCGGGUCCAGUUUCUACCACGGAUCUGUCUACUGGGAGAAGCAGAGGGAAAGAGAAAAGGCCGAAAGCAGGUCAGAGAUACCCAGUGAGGAGAUAUCAGGGUCUGGCUUGAUCAAAGAUUCGCCACCUCCAUACGACGGGCCCAGGGGCAGAGGGAUGCAUGUCAGGACCAGCGUGGGGGCUAUCAAUGUUGUAUUCUAGGGGUACAGAUCUAGAUUUAUACUGUUGAUCGUUUCACAUUGUAUGUAUGUACAUAAUGCCGUG